UAGUUUAUUCAUUUAAAAUCACAAGAAGAAUAGGAAGCCGAAAAAACAUUCGCACAAUAACACGACACGGAAAGAGAUCAACGACAUGAACCCCAUGUCAGUUUGUUCAUCAUCUUCUUCUUCUUCUUCUGGGUCUUCGAACAACGCCAAAGCGUGGAUCGUUCACGGCAUCGUCGCCGGAGUAGCAAUUGCGGUGGCCGUCGGCGCUCGCGCCUAUCUUGGUCGAUCCGGGAAGUUCCGGAGCCGGGUGGUCGGAAUUAUACCAGCCCGUUUCGCCUCCUCAAGGUUCCAGGGCAAGCCUCUCUUUCAUAUCCUCGGAAAGCCCAUGAUUCAGAGAACAUGGGAAAGGGCGAAACUGGCAUCUACAUUGGACCAUAUUGUUGUGGCAACGGAUGAUGAAAAGAUUGCAGAAUGUUGUCGAGGAUUUGGUGCCUAUGUCAUAAUGACAUCAGAAUCAUGCCAAAAUGGUACUGAGCGUUGCAAUGAAGCACUUCAAAAGCUUGAAAAAAAGUAUGAUAUUGUUGUUAAUAUUCAGGGGGAUGAGCCUCUUAUUGAACCUGAGAUAAUAGAUGGGGUUGUUAGAGCUUUGCAGGCAGCCCCAGAUGCAGUGUUUAGCACCGCAGUUACAUCUUUGAAACCUGAAGAUGCAUUUGAUCCAAAUAGAGUUAAAUGUGUGGUAGAUAAUCGAGGUUAUGCCAUUUAUUUUUCAAGGGGGUUGAUUCCGUAUAACAAGUCAGGAAAGGUCAAUCCACAAUUUCCCUAUUUGCUUCAUCUUGGAAUUCAGAGCUAUGAUUCGAAGUUUUUGAAGAUAUAUCCAGAGCUUCAAUCUACUCCACUGCAACUAGAAGAGGAUCUGGAACAGCUUAAAGUCCUCGAGAAUGGGUAUAAGAUGAAGGUGAUAAAAGUAGACCAUGAGGCUCAUGGUGUCGACACUCCAGAAGAUGUUGAAAAGAUAGAAUCUUACAUGCGUGAGAGGAACUUGUCUUAGAUUGUUUCAAACUUUGAACUUCUAUGUCAAUUAGUCUCUGAGUUCUUUGAUUGAGUAAGAGAGUGGCUGAUAUAUCGCCACAACGCAGUGGUUUCUGGGUUGAAGUUGUAGCACCGUUUGAAGACAACGAUUGGGUGCGGCUGAACGACUGGGUGUUGGGAUGUGGAUGGUGGUGCGAUUGGAUGGCGAUAGAAGACUGCUGCGAUGGGGGCUGGUAGCUUGCGAUGAGAGGGAGUAAAAAAAAAAAAAACAA